AUGCCUGUGUUCAGCGGCCUGUUGAAGGUGCGAGUGUGUGAGGCAGUGGACCUGAAGCCCACCCCGUGGGCCCUACGUCACGCUGUGGGGAAGAGCGGAUCCUUCCUGCUGGAUCCCUACCUGGCUUUGAAUCUGGACCAAACCCGGCUCGGUCAGACCACCACCAGGACCAAGACCAACAGCCCCGCCUGGCACCAGGAGUUCUGCACUGAGGUCCGUGAGGGAAGGAGCCUGGAGCUGUCUGUUUUCCACGAUGCACCCAUCGGAUACGAUGAUUUUGUGGCCAACUGCACCAUCCAGCUGGAGGACCUGCUCCAGAACGGCACCAGACACUAUGAAGACUGGAUCGACUUGGAGCCAGAGGGGAAAGUGUACGUGGUCAUCGAUCUGUCCGGGUCCUCCACUGAAGCCUCGGGGACCAAUGAGAACGAGGAGCGAGUCUUUCGAGAGAGGAUUGGUCCUCGCCGGCGACAGGGCGCCGUCCGAAGACGUGUCCAUCAAGUCAACGGACACAAGUUCAUGGCCACCUACCUGAGACAACCAACCUACUGCUCACAUUGCAGAGAUUUUAUCUGGGGUGUGCUGGGGAAGCAAGGAUACCAGUGUCAGGUGUGUACAUGUGUCGUUCACAAACGCUGCCAUGAGCUCAUCAUCACCAAGUGUGCCGGGAUGAAGAAGCAGGAGGACACACCAGAGGAGGUGGGUUCACAGCGGUUCAGUGUUAACAUGCCCCAUAAGUUCAGUAUUCACAACUACAAGGUUCCCACCUUCUGUGACCACUGUGGCUCCCUGCUGUGGGGCCUCAUGAGGCAGGGCCUGCAGUGCAAAGUGUGUAAGAUGAAUGUGCACAGACGGUGUGAGACCAAUGUAGCUCCUAACUGUGGCGUGGACGCCCGAGGGAUCGCUAAGGUCCUGUCCGACCUGGGAGUCACGCCCGAUAAGAUCUCCAACACUGCACAGCGCAGGAGGAAGUUGACUCCAGGGCAGGACCCUCCCCAGUCUCCUCCUGAGCUCUCCCAGACUGAGGAGAACAGCUUCAGCCAGCCGGCUGUCCCCACCUCUCCCUCACAGCAGGACUUGGCAGGGUUAGAUCGCCUGCAGGACGCGCUGUCACUCGACCAGCAGGGACCCCAACAUUCCUCCUCUUCUUCCUCCUCCUCCUCCUCUUCCUCCUCCUCCACCACCUCCUCUUCCUCCACGUCCUCCUCCUCGGCAGGCAGGGAGAACGGACAGAUCCAAAGGAGGACCCUCAAGGACUUCAACUUUAUCAAGGUUCUCGGCAAAGGCAGCUUCGGCAAGGUGAUGCUGGCGGAGCUGAAGGGGACGGAGGAGGUUUACGCUGUCAAAGUUUUGAAGAAGGACGUGAUCCUGCAGGACGACGACGUGGACUGCACCAUGACUGAGAAGCGCAUUCUCGCCCUCGCCCGCCGACACCCCUACCUCACCCAGCUCUACUGCUGCUUCCAGACACGGGAUCGUUUGUUUUUUGUAAUGGAAUAUGUGAAUGGAGGAGACCUGAUGUUCCAGAUUCAGCGAUCCAGGAAGUUUGAUGAGCCUCGCUCUCGUUUCUAUGCUGCCGAAGUCACCUCAGCCCUCAUGUUCCUGCAUCGUAACGGGGUCAUCUACAGGGAUCUGAAGCUGGAUAACAUCCUGCUGGAUGCAGAGGGACACUGUAAGCUGGCAGACUUUGGCAUGUGCAAAGAGGGCAUCAUGAACGGAGUGACCACCACCACCUUCUGUGGCACACCUGACUACAUCGCCCCUGAGAUCCUGCAGGAGUUAGAGUACGGAGCCUCUGUGGACUGGUGGGCCCUCGGGGUGCUGAUGUAUGAGAUGAUGGCGGGACAGCCUCCGUUUGAAGCUGAUAAUGAAGACGACUUGUUCGAGUCGAUUCUCCAUGACGACGUCCUCUAUCCUGUGUGGCUCAGCAAAGAAGCUGUUUCUAUCCUCAGAGCGUUCAUGACCAAGAAUCCGGCCAAACGUCUGGGCUGCGUGGUGAACCAGGGCUGUGAGGAGGCCAUCAAGACCCAUGCCUUCUUCAGAGAGAUUGACUGGGUCCUGCUGGAGCAGAGAAAAGUGAAACCACCCUUUAAACCCCGGAUUAAGACCAAGCGAGAUGUGAAUAACUUCGACCAGGACUUCACCAAGGAGGACCCCGUGUUGACGCCCACGGACGAGGCAAUCAUCCGACAGAUCAACCAGGAGGAGUUCAAAGACUUCUCCUACUGCGCCCCUGAGGAGACGCAGACCUAACAGACACACACACACACACACACAGAUACACUCACACAUACACACACUGAUCCAUCAACACUAAACCUGUCACGCAUGUACGCACACACUGCUGACCAUAAAUCCCUUUACAAUUCACACACGCGCACACGCACUCACUCACACUCCUUUACUUUGAAGCUAUUGGUUGUUGUUACUUUUGGAAUAUUCUUUACUUGCAUUGUGUUGUUCUUGUUGCCUGGGUUUAUUAUGAAUAUAAAUAUGAAUAUGACUAUGACUAUGAAUAUGAGUAUACACACCUGCACAUGCUCUCACACACAUUUGCACACUUUUAAUGCAGAUUUACACACACACACUUUACAAUCCCAAGUUUUACUCACACACACACACACACACACACACACACAUACAACUGCGAGCUCACUGCACAUGCUCAAACAAACAAACAAACAUACACAUAAACAUGUACACACACUGCUUCUCUCCCCAGCACACAUGUGGACUGUACAGUAGGUGCUGGGUGCAGAGGCCUGUAUAUAGCCUGUGUUGAGUGGCUGUAUCGUGUUGGUAUUGUCUGCUAGUAAAGGAGAGUCGUGGCGCAUGGACAAGCACCCUACCUGUGUUAUUACUGUCCUUAUUGUGGACCAGUUAGGGCCAAAUACCCUUUGUGCAAUACCCUGACUAUCUAUAUAUUUUACGGUUUUGUUUGUUUAUGUGUUAUUUUCUCCUCAAAAUGUGUGUUUGAUUAUUUUUUUUUGUUGGAUUGUGGUAUGAUUGAAAUUUUGCUCUCAUCUUCCGACAAAGUCGCUCCACGUCCCUGCUCCUCCUCCUCCACCUCGUCGUCUUGUAUGUGUAUAAAGUGAAUGUCGAGCUUACAAGUUACAGGCUAUUGAACUAAUUAUGUGGAGCAGAGUGUUACAGGCGGCCUGUGUAGCAGUUUUAAAAAAGCCUGAUUUUUUUUUUUUUUUUCAUCCAUCUGCUAGUUACAGAGUCCGUGUCUGUCUGUGUUGUCUGUCUGUCCUGCCGGCACGUGAAUGUGCUGGCCCGUGGGCGUUCAAUUUGUCGUGAAUGUACAUUUUUUUCGUAUGUGUGAACGCGUCCUGUCAGCGUGCGACUUUUUUUUUUUGUCUUCAGCAUUUCUGUUUCUAUAGUUACCAUCAGUGUUUUCUCCUCCAAAGCACUAAUUCCUCUUUUCCCCCUCCUCCUCUGCCUCCAGCAGUCGUCUCACUCAGCCAAAACCACUUGCUUUUCUGACUUUUGCUUUUUUUCAAGAAUGGCUUUUUUUCUUUCUUACCGCUCUCUUUCUUUUUUAAAUUAUUAUUAUUAUUAUUAUUAUUAUUAUUAUUAUUAUUAUUAUUGUAAAGUGUAUCUGGAGGAAACCUUUGUGUAUAAUACUAUAACUAUACUAUCAUAGGUCUGUUACAGCCAGGUGAAAAGAAAUGUUGAAAACCAGCAGCUGAAUUACCUCUUAUUUCACACACACGCUCACACACACUCAGACUCAAAACCCCACAUACACACUCUCUCCUUUGCCUCCUCCCUCUUUUCUUUCACACUCUCUUUCUUACAGACACACACACGCACACAAACACACAGAGAAGGACUGUUGUCGUGUGUACUGUACAGUUGAUCUGAAGGUGAGCUGGUUGCUCUGUGUGCAGUAGAGUCGGUGUGUAGUGAAGCUUUGUGCACCCAGGGGUAGGGCUGUUCCUGGUCACACUAUCUUACUCUGUGCCAAAAUGUAGUGCAACAGCCGGGCUAGUCCUGUCUGGUCUGAUUCCAAUAAAACACUGAGCUGUCUACAUCA